GUGUGUCAGUAAUGAUGUCUGUGUCCCUGAGGGAACUGUGUGAGAUGGUGAAGGUGCCCUAUGAGGAAGUUCAAAGGUUAAGGCCAGUGAUAGACAGUGUCAGCACAGAUGGAGAGAGUGACAAAAAUCAAGAACCAGGUAGAGGUGGUAGCAGCUCAGAGGGAGAGGAUGAGGAGGAGACAGCACAGGAGAGCGAGGAUGAGGAAUAUGAUGUGGAUGCAGAGAACAACAGUGACAGCACAGAUGGAGAGAGUGACAUACAGAAAGAACCACGGACAGGUGAUGGCAACUCACAGAGAGAGGAUGAGGAGACAGCACAGGAGAGCAACCUAGCCCAGCUCUAA